AUGUGUCCACUAGUAAGCGAAAUAUUCUUUCUCUUCCUUAUUUGCCUUUUUUCAUCACUCAAGUCCAAGUUAUUUUCUUUUCUGUCCUCUUCGUUAUUUUUCCAUCUUUUACUUUUUUUCCCCAAACUCUUUCUUUCCCUUUCUUUUUUUCUUUUUUUCUUUCUUUCUUUCCUUUUUUCGUUUUCCUUCUUUCUUUCGUUUUCUUUUUUCUUCCUCUCAUACAUUAUUUACUUUUUCUUUCUUUCUUUCUCUUUCUUCUUUCUUUCUUUCUUUCUUUCUUGUUUCUUUCUUUCAUUCUUUCUUUUUUAUUUACUUCCUUCUUUAAUAUAUAUCUAUUUCUUCCUUUCUUUAUUUUUCUUUCUCUCUUUUUCCUUCAUUCUUCCCUUCUUUUUACGCUCUGCUUCUCUUUCAAUCUGUUUUCCUUCUUUCAUUCUUUUUUUCUUUUUUAUUUAUUUCCCUUUUUUUCUUUCUUUCUUUCUUUACUUCUUUCGUCCUUUAUUUAUUUCUUUUCUUUCUUUCUUCUUUUUUCUUUCUUUCAUUCUUUCUUUCUUCUUUUUUCUUUCUUUCAUUCUUUCUUUCUUUUUUCGCUCUGUUUUUCUUUCUUUCUUUCAUUCUUUCUUUCAUUAUUUCUUUCUUUAUCGUUCUUUCUUUUUUCUUUGUUUCUUCUUUUUUCUUUCAUUUUUCUUUUUCGUUCUUUCUUUCAUUUUUCUUUCUUUCUUCUCUUUCUUUCUUUCGUUUAAUCUUUCUUCCUUUCUUUCUUUCGUCGACCAUACAAUUUUCAUUUGCCUCAUCGUAUCUGGGAAAUGGAAAAUUCCGAAGGAAACACACAUAUCUUAUGCACACACCCACACGGAAGCCACAUUAUUUCUCACUAUCUAUCUAUCUAUCUAUCUAUCUAUCUAUGUUUAUCCCUAUCUAUGUGUAACUCUCUAUCUAUUUCGGUCUGUUCUUAUCUAUCUAUCUAUCUAUCUAUCUAUCACAAGCUACCCAUAUCUAGCUAGCUAG